AUGGCUCGACUUGUUGUGGUAUCACUGGCACUUGGCUUAUUUGUCUGCAUCCACGCAGCUCCAGGUUAUGGCGGUGGAAGUAGCAUAAGCGGCGGCUUCGGCGGCGGUGGCGGCGGCGGCGGCGGCGGUGGAUUCGGGGGAGGCGGUGGCCAUGGGGCUGGUUUAGGCGGCGGCGGUGGAUUCGGAGGAGGCGGCGGCCAUGGAGGUGGUUUAAGUGGUGGCCACGGCGGGAGUAGUGGAAUUGGCGGAAGCAUAGGAGGCGGUCUAGGAGGUGGUAAUGGAGGCGGUCUAGGAGGUGGUAAUGGAGGCGGUCUAGGAGGUGGCCAUGGAGGCAGUCUAGGAGGUGGCCAUGGAGGCGGACUAGGUGGCGGCCUUGGAGGCGGUCACGGCGGUGGCCACGGAGGCGGUCUAGGCGGUGGAAGCGGAGGCGGUCUAGGCGGUGGAAUCGGAGGCGGACUAGGCGGUGGAAACGGAGGUGGCCAUGGAGGUGGAUUAGGUGGCAAUGGCGGCGGUCAUAGCGGAUCUGGUCACGGUGGACACGGAAGCGGCGGCUUUGGAAGUGCAAACGCUCAGGCCAGUGCAAGCGCUAACUCUGGCGGAGGCUAUGGCCACAAAGGAGGUUACGGACGUUAA